AUUCAGUUUGAUUCCAGACGCAGACCUAUCAGCACCAAACAGCAUGCCGAACAUCAAGCUCUAUACGGCGAAACUAAGUCCACCGGGGCGCGCGGUGGAACUAACCGCCAACCUGCUCGGUCUUCCGCUCGACAUCGUUCCUAUCAACUUGCUGGCGGGUGAUCACCGGAGGGAGGAAUUUUUGAAGAUGAAUCCCCAGCACACGAUCCCCGUGAUCGAUGACGAUGGCAUCAUCAUUCGGGACAGUCACGCAAUCAUCAUUUAUCUGGCGCAAAAGUACGACGCAACAGGAGCACUCUACCCGGAUGAUCCGGUUACGCGAGCGAAGAUAAAUGCCGCCCUACACUUUGACUCUGGCGUUCUCUUCUCUAGGUUGAGGUUUUACUUUGAACCGAUACUCUACGGUGGUUCGUCGGAGGUGCCCCAGCAUAAGAUCGACUACAUGAAGAAAGGCUACGAACUGCUGGACGGUGCGCUGACGGAUGACUACAUCGUCGGCAACGAGCUAACGCUGGCCGACAUCAGCUGCAUCGCGACGGUAGACACGAUGGACAUAUUUUUCCCCAUGGACAGGAGUAAAUAUCCGAAGCUGGUCGCGUGGAUGGAGCGAAUGAGCAGCCGCAUUCCGGACUACGACCGGCUCAACCGGGAAGGUUCGGUGGAGUUUGCCGAGAUUUGCGAAUCUUUGCGACUGAACAACGCGGCGAAAGGUGUGCAUAAGCUGGGCGGCCGCCUUCAACCCCUGUACAUUUAUUUCAUCGUAGUACGGCAGCUUUGCAAUCCGUUCGAUCCACGCAAACGUUUUCGGAUAGUCGGCGGCAGAGGGCUGAAGCAUAACGUGCAGGGUAGUGAUGCUCGCCACACAGCUCAAGUCCGCUAUCGUCAACCGAUCGCCAACGACGUAGUCCGUCUGAAGCAGGGCUUCAAAAAGCUUCAAACCAUCGGCUGCCCGCUUGAGGCUUUCCUCCGGAAUCUCGCCCUUCCGGAACACGGUCAGAUUGUCGGUGCAGAAGCGCAACCGGGCGAACAGGAUCGAACUUUCGAAGAACAGCACCGAGUUGAUUCUCGCCUGCUGUUCAAAGUCUUCCGAGUACAGCUCGGUGCCGUUGCCAUAGCGACGAGCGAGAUAGAUCGCGAUUGCGUGGCUAUCCAUGAGCAGGAAGCCAUUAUCGUCCAGCGUCGGGAUCGUCUGGACCGGGUUGAGCCGCUUGAAUUCCUCGUUCCGGUGAUGACCCUUCGCAUCACAAUGGCCACAUCAAGCAUGGUUUUGUUCUACGACGACGUAAGCCCUCCGGUACGGAGUGUCUUACUAGCAAUCGCCGCACUGGGCGUCAAGGAUCGUGUGCAGCUGGAAUACGUCAACCUGUUUGCGGGAGGACACCUGAAGGAAGAUUUUCUGAAGGUCAAUCCACUUCACACAGUUCCGGUGCUCCGGCACGGUGACCUAACGUUAACCGAUAGCCACGCUAUACUGGUGUACCUUUGUGACACGUUUGCCACCGAAGGGGAGGACCUCGCUAUCCCCGAUGCACAAACGAGGGCGAAAAUUUUCAACCGACUUUGCUUCAACAAUGGUUUUCUGUUUCAACGUGAUGCUGAAAUUAUGCGAAAAAUCUUCCGGGGUGACGUUACCGACGUUAGUGACCACUUUGGACCGCUCGAGCAAACACUGGACGUUCUGGAGAAAUAUCUCAGUGGUUCCCUGUGUACCGCAUUGGAUCACCUUUCGGUGGCCGAUUUUUCCAUCGUGGCGACCGUUAGCACCCUGGAACUCAUCAUGCCGAUCAAAGCGGAUCGAUGGCCCAACGUUCGGGGGUGGCUCGAGCGAAUGAAAGCCCUUCCGUACUACCAAACGGAGAAUCAGAUCGGUUUGGAGAAACUGCGUGAAAAGUUAAGCACGAAAAUAAACAUUUGAAUGCGCUCCUCCAAAAGUACAAUAAAAAGUGGUCAACGUUCUUUAACUUUCAUGUAUAUAUAUAUUCUUUAUUACUUUAAUGUGCUUGCCUCGGUAAUACACAGAUACGGCGUUUUCGGUCUAAUCUGAGUAGGAGA